GUAAAAAUAUAUCACCAAAAUGGACUGGCAAAAGUCCCUGAAGAAGAGCCGUUAAAAGACCCAUCGAGAAGAAAUAUAAAAGACGAAUCCAUUGCCUCGCCUUCUCUCCACCCGCCAUAAAAAACACUAUUCAUAAAAAAAUUGCAGAAUCACGUAGAAUAAACAAGGAGAAGUGGAAAUUAAAUUAAAUCAUCCGGAGGAGAUAAAAGUGUUUUCUCCACGAAAUAGUUGACAACAAACUGGCAUGUACUGUCUAAGUGUGGCAUGCAGAUGCGGUGGUACCGGGGACAAUGACGUUGGCGCGAGAUGAGACUGGAACUGGGAUACAACGGGAAUACGACAGCGAGAAGAGGAGGUGGUGGAGGAGACUGGGUGGUGCGGAGGAAGAAGCGCCACAGCCAUGUCAUGGGAGUCUGUCGCGUCCAAGGAUUACCUCGGGGGCUCUGGAAGCCAUCAGCUGUCUGCUACUGCUCUUCUGGGCAGCCCAGAUGGGUCGAGACAUCCAUUGGACGUUUACGAAUUCGCAGAGGAGGAUUACAGAUACCAAAAUGGCGAUGGUGCCUCUCAGUAUCACAACAGCCGGUCGGGCAUUGGAAUUUGGGAGUGCCUCAUGGGCUGCAGGCACAGACUCGAUCAGCAGUUGGCGAGGAGAAAGGUGGAGCAGGGCCUGAAGCUCUACCGUGCCCACAAGCAGCAGGCAGCAGUGAGAAAGUGGCGCGGAGCCCUGAAGUCCAUAAGACAUCGCGAUGACAAGUUUACCCUCCUCGGUUACCUCUACCAAGCCUACAUGGACUGGGGAAAAUACAGAGACAGUAUAGACUACGCCCACAGGCAGCUGUGCAUCUCAGAGGAGCUGGACUCACCGAAUAUGAGAGCAGAGGCUUAUUUGAAUUUGGCUAGGGCGCAUGAGAGACUUGGCGCACUUGAUAGAGCACUUGCAUAUGCAAGACACAGUCUUUACAACGAGUGCGAUCAGUGUGCAACCGCUGGAUUAGUGCAUUUGACGGUGGGCCGGGUCCACCUGGAGCUAGCUGGAUUCUGCAAAGCGCUGGAAGCUUUUCAGAGAGCUCACAAAAUUGCUCAUUCAAUUCAGGAUCCCUCAUUGGAACUUCAGGUCUACGUCGGGCUAUCCGAGCUGUUCUGUCGUCUCCAAGACGCCGACAAGAGUGCUAGAUACGCAGCGAGGGCCUACGACCUGUCUCGGAGUUUGCAGCUCGGUGAUUUAAACUCGAGACACCAUCGAGCUGCACUACUGCAGAUGGCAACUGCUCUCAGGAAGAAAGGAGAACUUGGUGAUGCUCACGAUUACUGCUCGGAAGCCACCAGAUUGUCUCUCGUUUCCGGCGAUCAGGCGAGCUACGCCAGGAGCAUUCGGAUAAUGGGUGACAUUUACAGAAAGAAGUCCGAUAUCAAUAAAGCAUUUCGUCAGUACGAGAGUGCAAUGGGUUCGGCAGCAGCAACAGGGGACCGUCUGUGCCAAAUGGAAGCAAUGGAUGGUGCUGCUAGGUGCCUGGAGGCCCUCAGACUCCAGCACAAGAUAUGUAACUGCAGGCCAUUGGAGUUUAACACACGACUUCUCGAAGUUGCGAGUUCCGUUGGUGCCAAGCUUCUAGUGAGGACGGUGCGAUGCCGACUAUCACGAAUCUACGGUUCUUUGGGGGAUGAGGAACAAAAAGGUCAUCACGAGAGAAUCGCUGCUGCUACUGAAGAGGACUUGGAGCUCAGAUGCGGCGGUUGUAAUGAACCUUUUGGCUUGGAGGCUGACUCCCUUGAGGCAUUACCUUGCUCACAUAUACUUCAUGCCAGAUGUGCUAACGACAUAUUGAAAAGGCGCGACAAGAAGAAAAAACGUCUCUGCCCAGAUUGCCACAAAUCCGUGAGCUCCCGUCUGUAUUUGCACUGCGAGGACCCGCACGACUUGAAUCAGAGUUCCUUGAGCUUGGCCUCGCUGCGCGCGAGUAGCCUGGCGACCCUGGAGGAUUGCCACGCAACAAGCAGUGUUUAAACAAAAAAAUUAAGUUUCACAAAACGCGACAUGAAAUAAAAAUCGGCUAAAAGGAUUGACUAAAACACGGAGUAUCGCGAUGGACUUUAAUCAAUUGUUACUACACGUGAUAUAAUAAUUAGGCUCAGUUAAUGAAUAAUAAAGUAUCAAUUUGCGCGAAUAUUGGUGAGUAUUUUCAAAUGAUAAACAAUGUUAUCGAAAUACCGCACAUAGAAUUUUGUUAUUUUCCGAUCGAUGCUGAUCCGUCUUAGAGCUUAUAACCUAAAGAAGAAUAAAUUCAACGAAUGAAAUCACGUGAAAUUCAUUAUUAGUAUCUUCGACAGAUAUAUUUUGGUGUAUCUGCACGCACAGCGAGAAAUUUUAUUCACUCAAGGGAACAACCGCGAAAAAAUUUCAUGGAAAAACUUCGCGAAUUCGCUAGAAAAU